CCUGUGCCUGCUGCCUCCUACAUGUGUGUUCUGACAGCUUGAUUCAUCAUCGCGUUUGAGAGCCAAGCAUAACAGAAAGGUUCUGUCGUUUUUUCCAAGUCGUCCAGGGAAUAUAACCUUUACACUGGUACGCCAGCUCCCCGCCUCCAGCACACACUCACACCGACACCCAGCACCGCGCAGUCCCACACGCAGUCUGAGGAACCAUGGGGCCGGCUGCUCCGCUCUGCUCGGGGCUGCUGCUCGUCUUCCUGCUGGGGCUCCAUCACGCCUCCGGCUUCUGGAUACUCAACGUCGUGUUCCCGCCAAACGCCAAAUCCAUAAUACCGAGCAACAGCACUCCACCUCUUAUUAUCGUGCCAGGGAAUUUGGGGAACCGUCUGGAAGCAAAGAUAGACAAGCCGACGCUGGUCCACUGGAUGUGCUACAAGAAGACUGAGCACUGGUUCCCCCUGUGGAUUGACCUCAACAUGUUCAUGCCAGUAGGUGUAGACUGCUGGAUUGAUAACAUUAGACUUGUUUACAACAAGACGACUCGGCGGUCUUCCAACUCACCAGGGGUGCAGGUGCGGGUGCCAGGAUUUGGGCAAACAUAUCCCAUUGAGUUUCUCGACUGCAAUAGACUGGCUGGUUAUUUUCACACUAUGGUGCAACAUUUGGUCAACGUGGGCUACACGCGGAAUGAGACAGUCCGAGGAGCACCGUACGACUGGAGAUUAGCUCCUAAUGAGAACGCAGAGUAUUUGUUGAAGCUGCACGAACUGGUGGAGGAGAUGUACGAGGAGUACCAGAAGCCUGUGUUCCUGCUGGCACACAGCAUGGGCUGCCACUACGUCCUCUACUUCCUCAACCACCAGCCUCAGGCCUGGAAGGACAAAUACAUCAGGGGCUUCAUUUCCCUGGCAGCUCCAUGGGGGGGCGCUGUCAAACCACUCAGAGUCCUGUCGUCAGGAGAAAAUGACGGCAUCCCGAUGAUUUCCAACAUCAAGAUCCGCGAGGAGCAGAGGAUGACGACCACUAAUCCCUGGAUGCUGCCCACAAAAGCCUGGCCAAGCGACCACGUGUUCAUCUCCACACCCACCAUCAACUACACCAACCAGGACUACCAGCGCCUCUUCACAGACAUCAAUUAUGAGGACGGCUGGCACAUGUGGGAGGACACCAAGAACCUCACUGGAGACCUCUACCCUCCUGGUGUCGAGGUGUGGUGUAUGUACGGCGUGGGCCUUCCAACUCCCGUGACAUACAUAUACGACGAGGAGUUUCCAAACAAGGACCCGGUGGACUUUGUCUACGCCGAUGGGGACGACACGGUGGACAGCUUUAGCAUGAGCCUUUGCAAAAAGUGGGCGGAGCAGCAGGAGCAGCCCGUGCAUGUGACCGAGUACCGAGGGCUGGCCCACCUGGACAUUGUGUUCCACGAAAAGGUGAUCACCCAAGUCCAACAAAUCAUGGAGGGCCAAUCAGACGUUCCCAAGGAGAUUGAUGUCCGAAAUGGAGCGGAAUAGAAGAGCAGUUAGGAGAUUAAACAAUAAAACAUGUGAAAUGAGGUGCUUUAUUUUCUAUAGUAGACUUCUCAAAAAAAUGACCCCCUUAUCUAAACUAAAGGCUGAUGACUUGUUUGACCCUGAUCUGUUUAUUCUCCAAUACAAACUGUGUAGUUAGUUUAUGUUCCGUAUAUUUGUUGGUCACCAUGAUGAGGCUUAUGGCAAUGAUCAUGGUACGCAUAAUUAUCCCAAUAAUUACAAACAUAUUAAUAGGUAUAUUUGUUUUAAUGAUGGAUUAUUUAAUGUUGUAGUAUGUGUAGUUUUCUUACAGUCCAGUAAGACAACUUCAGAUCCUGAUACAUCUUUACAAUCUUUACAAACUCUUUGGAAAGUUGAGAGUAUGACUGUUAUGAAUUUGAUAAAGUGACCUAACUUGUAGCUUAUUUUUGUUUUUAUUGUUUAUGCUGUCAUUGUAAUAUUUCUAUUAAGAUGUAUAACAGAAAUAUUUAUAUUCUUAGAUACAUUAAGCUAGUGAUGUGAAUUUUUACUGUUUUGUAAACGUGCCAAAUGUUUUUGAAUGUUUCCACUUACAAUAAAGACUAUAAUUUCACAAAAAUCAC